AUGUCCAUAUUCCCAUAUGCCUAUCGCAUGAUUGAGUCCUUCAACAUCACCCAAGAUGAGACACAAAUAUCUGUGUACGCCGGCAUGCUCAUCACCGCAUUUGCCUUUGCCGAAUUCUCGACUGGGAUCCUUUGGGGUUGGUUCAGUGACCGUAUCGGUCGAAAACCUGUCCUGAUCAUGGGCCUGUUCGGCACCGCCUUGAGCAUGAUAUCCUUUGGCUUUGCUCGCACUCUCCCCGCAGCCAUCCUGGCUCGGGCACUCGGCGGUCUCUUGAACGGCAAUGUGGGAGUUCUCCAGACGACUGUCGCCGAGCUGGUGACCAAGAAGGAGGAUCAGCCUUCGGCGUAUGCGAUUAUGCCAUUUGUGUGGAGCGUGGGCUCCAUCAUCGGGCCCGCCAUGGGAGGAGCCUUGGCCAUGCCUUGUGAUUCCUAUCCGUCUCUGUUUCCUCGGGGUGGAUUGUUCGACACCUAUCCUUUCUUGUUACCCAAUCUUGUCUGCGUCGUCAUUCUGUGUCUGGGCAUUGCCAAUGGCGUCUUGUUCCUGGAGGAGACACAUGAGGCUAAAAAGGGCCGUCGAGAUCGGGGCGUCGAACUGGGAAGACUCCUGUUGAAGAUUUUCAAGACGCCAAAACAGCCGCAGACGGACAAGUUUGGCUGGAGGGAAGGGGACAGCCUGGCUGAAGAUGAUCCUCCUCCAGGCUAUCGGAGCACCGAUGGCUCGCCUGUAUUGCGCUCUACUUUCGAUGUGGACAUCCUGCAAGAGAAACAACCAUGUGGAAAGGUCAAGGCCUUGAAUAAACAGGUCAUUCUGGUCAUUGUUGCCUAUGCCAUCCUGGCCUUCCACAGUGUUUCGUUCGAUUCCUUGAUGCCGACGUUCCUCAGUGAGGAACGGAUGCAAACCGAAUCUGUUCUCCCCUUCAAGUUUUCCGGUGGUUUCGGCAUGUCCACCAAGGCCAUUGGCUUCAUGAUGGCGGUGCAGGGCCUCUAUGCCACGUUUGCGCAGGUGUGGCUAUUCCCUUUCGUCCUUCGACGGGUGGGGACACUCCGGGCCUUUCGACUGGUCAUAACGGUCUGGCCCUUCCUCUACUUUGCCGUGCCAUACCUGGUGUUCGUCCCCGAGCACUGGCAAAAGGCCGGCAUUUAUUUUUCGCUCAUCACCAAAAUCACUUUCCAGGUGAUUUCAUUUCCCUCGCAAAACAUUUUAUUGGCCAACGCCGCCCGUUCCCAUUCCGUUCUCGGGACGGUCAAUGGAUUCGCCGCGUCGGCUGCGUGUGGUGCUCGAGCCCUUGGACCGGUCGUGACGGGUUCACUUAAUUCAGCCGGACUGAAACUUGGAUAUAGUGGCCUUGCCUGGUGGACAAGCGGACUGGUUUGCGCCAUCGGAGCUCUGGAAAGCUGCUGGAUGGAAGAGCCUGAAGGGCGCCUGGAUCGCCCUUCGGAAGACGAAGAACACAAUAUCUGCGAACCUCUGUUACACCCAGCCGCCGUUGAAUCGACAGAAAACAGCUCUUUGCGAUCUGACAGUUUAACCUUAAUGGACCCACUGGACCUGACGACGCCCAUUAAGCAUGAAAUCGAUUAUGAAGGAAAGCAGUAA